GCGUGAUUUUUUAACCUAAAAAGUUAUACGCUUUGUCCGAUUUUGCCGCUGGUCGCGGCAUAUGGCAAAUACAAAGUACUUAUUGCACAGUACACUAAUUACACUUACAAUUUGACAAUUGUCAAAUGUUGGCGUAUAAAAACUAGCGUGCGUUUUAUAAAAAAGGGAUCGAUUAUAUACAAGAAAGGAAGAAGGAUACCUUGCAUGAACACCUGGCAUACCUAUAUAUCAUUUUGAGCUCUUGUGGCUCGACUUCAAGCACGGCAUGCUCACGGGCGGCCGACACGAGUGAUAGGUAUGAUUUGAGCGACGACGUAAAAUGAUACUGAGAAACUUGCCAUUUACGCCAUGGGUUCUAAUCCUGAUUCUUGUCAUCGUGAUAGUCUAUCUGCGACAGCGAUUAAACAACCUGGAGGAGAGCUACAGAUCGCUCCAUGAUACUAUUGCACAAAUUGAUGCUAGGUAUGACAACGGACAUGCCGAGGCUCGAAGAGGUAUUGAGGAUGAUCUAGAGGACGUUGUUGUGAUAUACAACAGAGUACCAAAGACAGCAUCCACUAGUUUCAUGGGAUUAGUUUAUGACCUAUGCAAGCAGAAUAAGUAUCAUGUGCUCCAUAUUAAUGUGACCAAUAACAUGCACACCCUUACUUUUGCUAACCAGGUUCAAUUUGCAAACAACAUAUCAAACUGGAAUAGUAUAAAGCCAGCAUUUUACCAUGGACAUAUGGCGUUUUUAAAUUUUGGAAAAUUUGGUACUAAACGUAUGCCUUUGUAUAUAAAUUUAUUGAGGAAACCUUUAGACAGAUUUAUAUCAUAUUAUUACUUUUUAAGAUACGGAGAUAAUUUUAGACCUCAUGUUAUAAGGAAGAAACAUGGAGAUACAAAGACAUUUGACGAGUGUAUAAAUAGUGGUCAAUCUGACUGUGAUCCUAAUAACAUGUGGCUGCAGAUUCCAUUUUUAUGUGGUCAUGAUCCAGCUUGUUGGGAAAUUGGUAAUAGCUGGGCAUUAGAGGAAGCCAAGCGGAAUCUACAAAAGUAUUACUUCCUGGUUGGAGUAACAGAAGAGUUAAACGAGUUUGUAGAAGUAUUGGAGAAUGUAUUACCGCGGUUUUUUAGAGGUGCAUACAACUUCUUCUUACAUAAUAAUAAGUCACACUUACGACAAACUACACAAAAACUCAAUCCACUACCUGAAACAGUAGGCAUAAUUCAGCAAUCGGUUGUAUGGAAGAUGGAAAAUGAAUUCUAUAAUUUCGCUUUGGAACAUUUUCAUGCUGUGAAAAGACGACUCAUAAAUGCUUCCCCUCAAGAUGUAAAUCAGCGUUUCAUGUAUGAAAAAAUACGGCCAAAGUAAACUACUGUAAGAAAUUUAGAGGAAAUAGGCACAACAUAGAAACCAUCAGCAUCAAGGGUUGUGUGGCUCGGUGGCAAACGGAUGUCUAGUAAUGAGAAAACCAGGCCUCGGUUCGAAUCUCAGAGCGUCUUCAUAUUUUUUUCAUGUUGUCGCUUAAUCCUACUUCUGAAGUUGUAAGCGACAGCACAAGAAACAUAACGUUGAUAGCUUCUCUAUUGUAUCUAUUUUCUCUAAGUUUCUUACACUACUUUUUUACAUAGGACUUUGCUCCUGCUGAAUGAUGCAAUAACGCAAUUGACUGCAAAAUGUGUAUUUAUUGUAAUU